AUGCCCCCGGCGCAUUCGCGACACCCGAGCGCUUCUUCGAUUACAUCAGGGCCCGGCCCCGUUAAUCGCGCGAUGCCGCCGCCCACAUCACCGCAGCAGCAGGGGCCGCCUCCUCAGGGUCCCCCGCCGCCGUCGCACCAGCAGCAGCUUCAACAACCGCCGCCUCAAGCGCAUCCGCAACAACACCCCCAGCAACACUUGCAACAGCAUCCGGGUCCUCAUCAACCGCAGCAGCAGCCACCGCAGCCGCCACACCCUUCUCAACAAGGUCCGCCGCCGAAUGCGCACCAGAUGGGUGGAUCCUAUGGCAUCCCACCUCCUCGAGCACCUCCGGUCGCGAUUGGGCCACCGAAUGCGUUUCCUAGGGACCGCCAGCUCCCUGCCCUAGAGACUCUGCCAAGGACCGGCUCCGGCAGCAGCAUGUCCAUCUCCUCUAUGCUCGGCGGCCCUCCCCCAGCUCGCGAUCCCGGUGUUCCUGCCGGUCCAUACCCGCCUGGGCCCCCCUCGGGUGUGUCAGGUCCGCCGUAUAACCAACCCAUGCAUGCAUCCCCCCGAAUGCACACGAUGGGCGGUCCAGGCCCCGACUUUGGCUUCCGCCGACCACAAACACCCGACCGUCAUAGACUGUUUGAUGGCCGCGACCCUCGAGACCCGCGUGAUCCUCGAGAUCCGCGCGAUCCUAGAGACCCACGAGAUCCUAGAGGAGAUCCCAGGGACCCUAGGACGGGCAUCGCUGCGUCGCCUUCGGGUGGCUACACCCCGGAGGUGCAGCGUUAUGGUACACCGCAGGUCUAUAGCAAUAGGGGACCGCCGCUAACUGCUGCAGAACAAGCAAGGGAGCAGGCACGUAUGGCUGGGACCGGGGUGCCGCCGCGGCCCAACAGUCAGCCCAAAUCCUUCCCGAACGCUCCUCCGCCACGUCCCAUGGAAAUGGGUAGACCGCCGCCAAACGACAUGUAUGGGCACAGGGAGGACAGGAGAGCGGUCGAAGAAUACAACCCCGAGCGCCCCAUUCGAGUGCCCAAUUACGAGGAACAGCGGUUCAUGACUGAAAGGGAACGACAAGAGAGGGAGCGCCAGGAAAGAGAAUAUCAGGAGAUGCGUGAGAGGGAGCGCCGCGAGAGGACCAUGUCGGGGAGUGACGCUGGACGGCCACACCCGAUGCAACAAGCCGAGUAUGCUCGCCAGAUGGAGCACCAGAGAGCUCCCCCUCAGUUUGGUCGACCUCCUGAUCCACGAGAGCAAGGUCAUUGGCACAGGCCGAGCUUUGAACAGCCACGAGGCCCUUACGACCAGCCCGGACACAUGGCCAGGCAUCCGCACGAGCAUCCGGUGACCACUGCGCCCCCGUACAAUGGCCACCCGUCGUAUGCUACGGGUCCGCCGCCUGAUCGGUAUCCUCCGUCGUCGCUCCCGCCCCAUCAGCAACACUCCAUGGCAGCUCAUGGUCCGGGUCCUAUGCAGUUUGAGUCUCCAGACCGACAAAGGAUGAAUAUGAUGCAUAUGGAGCAGCGGCAACAGCAGCAGCAGCAGCAACAUCAGCAUCCCUAUUACAUGCAACACCAGCAGCUUCCCCCUCGUAGCAGAGAAGACCAGCCUGUGCCCCCUCCGUCAGUCGCCUAUAGUGGUGUGGGUACGGGCUCGUUGUACGGUUCCCCAAGGAGUCGUCAUUUGGAAGAACUGGCUCCUCCUGGACAUCAGCGGAACUUGUUGGGCAUUCAGGAGAUAAACCGCAAGGGUCGCCUUUCGCCCUUGCCCCAAGCUGUGCAGGGUGCCCAACCCCAGCUGGCCGGCCCAACAGGCGAACCUGGUAUCAAGAGCGAAUUCGGACGUAUGUUUUCCGGAAUCGGUACUGGCGUUGGCGCCAUGAGCCCAAUUCCCACUGGAAUGCAGCAGCUUCCCUUCACUGGAGCCAGCUUGAUGCGCCGUGAGGAUUCCGACGGAGUCCCACAGCCCCAAGAACUUGCCGAGCCUGGAGUCAAGGGCCCCGGCCGUGGUAAACGUAGAAAGCUCAAGGACGACGAGUCCAGAAUAGAUGAGGAUAGCACAGGGAGGUUGACUCCCGUGGGGGGUCGCGGCAAAAAAGCCAAGACCCAUCAUACCCACCACCAUCAUCACCAUCACCACCACCAUCAUCGGCAUGAUCUCCAGCAAGGCCCUGGGCCUGCGCUCAUGGGGAAUACUCCGUUCAAGAACGUGACUGGUGCGACAUCCGUGCCUCCGCCCAACGCGAUGCUCGCCAAGGACUUGCCGACAACUCACCAUCAUCAUCAUGUCGUUCCUCGAUCGGUGCCGCAUCCCAACAAUGGUCCAGCCAAAGCGGCUCCGGUACAACCCCCGAGUCCCCCUCCGGUCCAACUCCCCAAGCCCAAGCAUGAGGUCAAAUCAAAAGAGGUGCUGAAAAGUGUGGCCAAUCUUCCGCGGUCACACUUGGGUGAGGUUGUGUACGACCCUCAGCUGGCGCCAUCGCGGAGGCAGGAUUCACGCACUAAACGGCCACCUCGCCAACCUUUCAAGUCGACCCCCCGGCCUCUGCCAUGGGAUUUGAUCCAGGGCAAGGAAAAUUGCACCUUGACGGUGAAGAUUAGCAAGGCCCAUCUCACCCCUGAAGCCCGGGAGGAGAUCACUUCCAGGAGAGCUCUCUGGGGUACCGACAUCUACACCGACGACUCGGAUGUAAUCGCCGCCUGCAUCCAUGCUGGUUGGUUCAGAGGCGAGUGGCCGGAGGAGGUGGACACAACCUUUUUGGGCUUGGACGAGGCCGUUAGUAACGCCUCCGACAUUCUUACGAGCAUGCGUAAUGGUCCUCAGGCGGUCAAAGACGAGGCUGGCUCGGAGGUUUACUCUGAACCCCCUCAGAACGGCCCCAUGGCUGUACCAGCCAACCGCGAUCUUCACGUUACCCUUCUCAUCCUCCCCAAGCUCGAAAAGUACGCCUCCACCACGCGCUUCGGCAUCAAGAGCCGCGAAUGGGGCAGCGUCCUCGAAGAAGGCGAUGGCAUUUACUCACGCUCGUCGCACGACGGCCUCAGCUUCGCCAUCAUGGACAUUCGCUGGCUUGUCAAUGGCGCGCAGCCCGUGAACCGACUGAGAGGCAAGGCCAGACGCGAUAGAAUAAACAAGGCUCUUCGGGAGAUCGCACAAAGCCCGCCAUUUUCGAGUUUCAAUAAGUUGGGACAGAUUAGAUUGAGCGGGACGCCGCAGGAGCAGCGUGAGAAGGAGUCUGAUGAGGGCCAGCAGAGUAGCAAGUGGUGGCCGUCAGCCGGGACUGGCAGGAAGGCUGCGGCUGAUGAGGAUAAGGAGAACCAUCAGCCGGAGAAGGAACCGGAGAAGCAACCUGAGGAGCAGAAAGAGAAGGACCAGGAUGGGGAUGUGACGAUGGAACUGGAGCCGGAGGCUCAGCCGGCGCAGACAAGGGAGAAGAGUCAAGAAAAGGAGAAGGAGAAGGCUGAUGGUGAAAAGGAGGAUGUCGAGAUGACAAAUAAGCCUGUUGAGGAUGAGGCAACAGAAAAGACUGUUGAAGAAGAUGAGGAGGUGGAAAAGGCCGGCGAGCCGGGGCCGGAGAAGGAACGCGAGCAAGAGAAAGCCGCUACUCCUCAACCGGUCGCAAAGGAGGCCGAACCCGAGGCCGAGCCAGUCAAGGAAACCGAGCCUGAGCCCAAGUCUCCACCCGCAUCCAACCUUGAUGCCCCAGCGAAACCUCCCGCCGAAGUCGAAAAGACCCCUGCACCGGAAACGGAAACGGAACCGGCGGAUGACAAUGACGAUACCAUCGUUGAGGAACCGGAGGAGGCGGUGGAGGAGCCAUCAAAGCCGGCAGAGGAAGUCGUGGAAGCUGCUAAACCUGCCACCGAACCAGAGGCGGUAAAGGCUGUGGUCACGGAAACCAUCACGAAGGUUAGGGAAGCUACGGUACCUCCUACGGUCGUCACGGAAGAGUUGGCUAAGGCUGCCUCUCCUGUCGCUCCUGUCGCUCUUGCCGCUUCUGCUGCAGAUGCUGCAGAUGCUGAUCAGGCUGCUGCUGAGCACGACGCAGCUGACGCCGCUGCUGCGGCCAUCAUCACUACGAUUACCAGUACGACUACUACUGCUACCAUCACCGCCACUCCCGCUGCUGACCCCACUCCUUCGACUGAGGAGGCUAAGGAUGAGGAGGUCAAAGAGAAGGAGGCUUAAGCAGACAUUUGGAAAGAGUCAAAGAUGGAAUGAUACCAAGUUUUGGGACACUGAGAUGUGGGAGGAGUGAAUCGCAGGUUGUAAAAAGUUGUAUCACUGCUUGUGUAAGGAAGAGAGAGAAGCGUUGCAUUGAAUUGCCUGUUUUGUUGUGUUGCCGGGCAUGUUUGAUACCAGGCUGUUGGUUUAGUUGAGUUAAAUGAAGAGAACGUUUUGGAAGUCAUUUUGAUGGUGCUUGGUUAUUGCUGUGUUUUGGUGUGUAUCUUGCUAUCCGGGCUCGUUGAUGCGAGAACUAGAAUAUGGACUUUGGUGAAGUUGAGGUUAAAUUUUCUAUAUGGUUAUUAGACCUAGAGGAAAUGGUCAACUACAUGGCCCGCGCGCGCUUGGAUCAAAUCAAUGACAACAAUUU